GGAGGGAGGUCCCUCCCUUAUCAUGUGAAAUUUCCACUGCUUGGGUUCAGAUUGCGCUCGUUGUCUCACCUAUGAUGAGCACGCUGUCCACCUCACACAAUGGAUUAAACUUUGAGUUGUGAGAAGCUCACAGUUUGCCAUACCUUACUGCUUUACGAAGCUGAUUUAAAUCUCAAGGCAGGGAAACGCAAAAACAAGGCAUGAUUCAGAGGACAGAGGUGGUGCUCUCGGUCUUGGGGGAGCUGCAGGAGGCCACGGAGUGUGUGGGUCUUGAUGCCCUCACAAAAGUUGCUGUGGAGGUGGAGCAGGUCCUGGCUCCUUUCCAUCUUCCUACAGCACUCUGCUCUGAGAUCUCCUCAUGGCUGGGCAUUGAUGCAGUAGCUCACAGACUGUACCCGGCAGACGCACCGACGGGUUUGCUCCCUCUAGUCUGCAAAGGAGAAGGAAACCUGCUGUUUGAUGCAGCUAGCAUGCUUCUGGUGGGCUCUACGAGCCUGAGUCUGGAGCUGCAGGUCAGAACUGUGGUGGAGAUGCUGCUUUGGAAGCGAUACUACCUGUGUGGUAUGAUUGACUCAAAGGUCAUGCUGCAGGCAGUAAGGUUUUCCCUCUGCACCGAGGAGUCUCAGGACAUGCUCAAUCUGCCGAUUCAAGUGCUGGAAGCCAUCUUCGACGCCGAUGUCAAAGCCUCCUGCUUCCCUGGGUCGUUUGCAAACAUGUGGCAUGUGUAUGCGCUGGCUUCCGUCCUGCAGUGCAACAUUUAUUCGGUUUAUCCCAUGUACAAUUUAAAGAUUCGGCCCUACUUCAAUCGAGUCAUUCGUCCGAGGACGUGGUCGAAAGACGCUGAGCCCUUGACCCUUCACAUCAUGUGGUCAGGUGACUUGGAGGCAGGCUCUGUAUUCAAACCUCACAACUUCGUGGCCUUGAUUCACGUGAGCGACCUCAAAAUUGGGAGUCCAAACAGUGAGCAGCGAAUUCCCUCGGUGGAUCUUCUGAAUCAAGACUCCCAGCUGUCUUACUCCAAUCUCAAAGACAAGUUCAACAUCACCAAGAGUACCUUUUACCGCUGGAAGAGACAAAGCAUCGAGUAUCACAAGAAAUCGGUGGCUAGGUAUGAGGCCAAACAUUUUUUCCUGACAUCCUACAAGCAAGGGAAGCUUAUUCCCCUCAGCCAAUUCAAACAGCUUUUUCCAGAAAUUCCAAGGUCCACAUACUACGCUUGGAAGCAAGAGCUCGUGUCCACUUGCAGUGUCUCGGGCGGCUCCACGGGAGAGCUGAGUCCUGCAGACAGCACUGAACAGGACUACUGGUCCUCACCAGAAGUCAAGAAGAAGCCCAGCCAAGGGAGCUUUGCUAGCAUGUUGGCCUUCAAAUGUGAAAAGCUAGAAGGAGAACGUGCCCAAAAUGUGGCUUUGAUGCAGGAGGCGAAGAAGAGCCUGCAGAACUGUAUCGUUGCAAACACGUCGUUCCCCUACAGAAUUUUCAAAAGAAGGUUUCCAGGCAUCUCCAGGUCCACGUACUACAACUGGAGAAGGGAAGCCAUGCUGUUUACGCCUUUCAAAGAGCUCUCAGGUAGCAGCGAGGAAGGCUCAGAUGCUGAUAAAACCCAGAGUCCCAGAAGUCAAGUAUCCCCUGCCAAGUUUAACAGACAAAAACUGUCACCAAUAGUGAAGAUCUCCAGACGCAAGCAGAGAAGCCUGAGGCUGAUGUACCACCAGAGGAAAACGUUACGGGAAGAAGCUAAAAUGCACGUCCGGAGGUCAAAGAUGUCCUUCAUCAAAUUCAAGCUCAAGUUCCCCUCAGUUUCCUCCUUUUUCUACUGGCUCUGGAGAGGUUCUUUGAACAGGAAAACCAAGGAGCCGGUCUUGAUGUCUGAGAUGGAGAAAUCCCAGAGCUUGGUUGUCUCGCCAGACGUCUUUGAAAAGAUAAAAACUCAAAGAAUGUUUUCUUUUGAUGGGAACAUGGAUUGCCUGAAUGGACAGACAGUUAGUCCCUCUGAAUUCACACUGCCUGAAUACUCUCUGCCUGACCAGUCCAGUAGCGAACAGAUGUUUGUGAUGGAUGUUGUGGCACUGGCCAAUUUCAAGGCCAAAGCAAAGCUGUUCUUGCAACAGCGCUUUGAAGAAAAGUCCUUUCCCACAUUCAAAGAGUUCCGCUCCUACUUUCCUCUUACUCCACGUUCCACCUACUACAUGUGGAAAAGGGCUCUGCAUCACGGGGUGCCGUUAAUUCAUGGCUGAAUGUUCUGUUAUAUUCCUCACCACUGUAAUGUCCUGUAAUUAAGUCCAAAUUCGACACUACUCAUUUUUUUUAGUUCACAGUGCAAUGUUCCUUUGAGUCUGACUGUUUUGUUUUUAGUUGUUUUUUUUUUUUUGAGUCACCCACAUAAUUGCAGUUCAUGCAUCUUAAUUAUUUGUCCCUUUCCUUUAUUUGACCACUUGGUUCUAGCUCAAGGACAUUUGCGUGUGUGUGAAAUCAGACAGUCUUUGUGUCCACCUACAGUAAGUGCUGAUGGCCCUUAGGCAAAAGGCAGUUCAAAGACAUUAUCAGGUUUUCAAAUGGCUCUCUGUUGACCCCCACCCCCUAAAUAUUUACAAUUUAAAUGAGUUUUAAGUUCUGUUUAAGUUCAUUUUAUUCCUUUUAGCUGUUUUGAGACCUUUUUAAUUUUGAUUAUUUUGUUUCUAUUAAUUUUUUUUUUUCUUGAACAAAAAUGUAUAGUAUUUUAAUUUGUACCCUGGAGUAGUGUUGUUUUCUUUUUAUACAUAUAUAUUUUUAUACUGACGAUUGAAUGUUAUCUCUGCUUGGGAAAUCUUUAUGUGGCCAAUUUAAAAUAGAUUCCUCACACUUGAAUGUUACAGAAUUGUUGCCAUUUUGCACAUUGUUUUUGACCACGUUUCAGUUCACACGUUUAACUUUUUUGCUGCUAAAGGUGUAAAUAAUUGAUAAUCUCUUACUUGAUACUGUUUAAGUGUUUUCUAAAGUUAUUGUGUUUAACUACCUGACUGACUUUUUCAGCUUCACCAUUGCAGUGUUUUGUAACACUGUUAAACUUGUCUAAAAAAUGAGUUCACAAUGUGCUCCUUGGAUUCAUUUUGAUGAAGCACAAAGCUAAUUUUGUUAAUUUUAUUAUGUUGAGCAUCUCAUGUAUGAGACCAGUUCCUCUGUGCAAUAAAACCUGGUUUAU